AUGCCUCGUGGCUGGAGGUCAUCGACGGUCAUUCCCUCUGGUGAUGCGUGCAACCCAUUUCAUUCUAUGCCCACGGAAAAAUCCGUGUGGAUUUUCAAACACAAGAUUCCGCCUGAAAUCAUCGGCACCAUACUGAACCUCCUUCGCGACGUAUCACCUCCACAUCGAAUGACAGCAAAGGAUAUACGCGAACUCGAAGUGCAGCACAGAAAUAACCCAGGGUCGACGAAUUUCCUAAAACUGAAACUUCUGAAGGCGAGCAUGCUGCAUCUCGGAUGGAUUUACGCCACGCAGUUUGAUCGUAAAUGGCGACAAGUGGCUCUCGGCCACGGAGCCCUUUGGACGCACAUUGACCCAGACCUCCUAGGGGAACAAUGGACAUCUGAGAUGAUACUGCGAUCGAAAGGUUCAGCUCUUUCUUUCCAUCAUGAUCAUAUGCACCAUCGUCGCUUUCAUGCAUCCGAGCUCCCUCAGGCGCAUGCCGGAGACGCGCUUGCGGUUCGAGGUAUAGAAAUCGUCAACUAUGUAUAUCCGUUCAGCGGCAAUGCCGUCUCACAACUGCUCGGGAAACCCCAACCCGCGCUCGAACGUCUUACCUUUCAUGCAGCUCCGACGGAACAAAUGGGUUUCACCAGUAUGCCAUUCACCGACUCAUUACUUGGUGGUCACUCAGGCUCCUUACCGAGUCUUUCUUCAGUUUCGCUCUUGAACACCACCCCCCCAUGGAAUUCUCCCGUCUUUACCGCCUCAUCGAUCACAUCGUUGUACAUCGGGUUUACACCUACUCGUACAGGCGAGACGCGGGCGGCAGUUGAGUCCCGCGCCUCUCCAUCUGUUGAGCAACUCUUGAUGACGCUUGGGUCUAUAUCGCACUCACUCGAACAGCUGGAGCUCGCCAACUGUCUGUCGCUCGAGCUUCCAGGCGGUGCCACUCCCAGGAACAGAGGAGACAAACCAAAACACAGAGUAACGCUGCACUCUCUGCAAAGUCUCAAAGUGAUCUGCUCGACAUUGAACGUGUUCUUUCACUUCGAGAGCCAUCUGACAGUCAGUAAUGCCUUGAGGGUGCUGCAUAUCGACGCUUCGAGUCUUUUGCCUGGUAAACCAGAGCUGGCGUACGACCGUGUUCUACAUCUUGUGCAGGAAUUGUGUUUUCCUCAGGCCACAUCUACUUCACCCCAGGUGGAAUCCCUCACUCAGGAUCCGCACUCGCACACAUUCAAUGAGCUUCUCAUCAGGCAUGUCAUUCCCUACGAAGACUACAAUUCGUACAAACCUGUUCGUGCUGGUCCGGGAACACUCUUCAUCCGUCUUGGUUCAGACUUCUUCAGGUUUCAACGUUCAGUUGCUCCUUCUGGACCCACCUGCGCAUGUCACCAUUUACCUGACAUUCGGCUGUAUCUACCACUUGGGACAACAAGCAAUCGUUGCAUUCCACCUGUAUGCACCCGCCUUCUCGAUAUUUUGCCAAUAAACUGGGCAGCAAUUGCGAGGUUGGCUGUCGUCGGGGAAUAUCCAUUCACGAUUGACGGGCAUGAACGUCCAGAGUUGGCUUGGAGCGUACCUGAGGCUGAUAAGCUCUUAGAACGCAUGCAUGGUUUAACCACACUAGCCUGUGGAAGUGAAAUCGCAUCGACCGUACUCGAUGCAUUAUUGAAGUCGCAUCGUCAUCCUCGCCCCUUACCUCUCGACGAGAAUGCCUAUGGUGACUUCGAUGCUGAACUUACGGUUCGGUCACGAAUUCGCCUGCCACGUCUCCGAGAUUUUCAUUUAAUCGAUCCAGAUCUCAGUGAUUACAGCUUUACUCUCAGCGAUCUCGCCGAUCCAGAGGAUAUGGCCGCAUGCAAGCUGGCGCAUCCACGCGUAUGUAUGGGUUUUGCUGCUGGUGCUGACAUACCGAACAAGCUCAAUCAAGUGAUUAGGGAGCGAGGGGAGCUACACAUUCCCAUUGGUACCGUUUGUGUGGUAUUGUCCGGGAACCAGUAUGGAGAUCGUAGGGUAACGCGUGCGAGUAACGAGAAGAGAGUCAAGAAGGCUUUGAACUUCGGACGUGUUACUAGGGUUGUGACGAAGGACGUGGAAACUUUGCGUAGUUAG